AUGAGGUUGUCAUUCGCUAAGCCGUUGCUUCUGCUCGGCACCCUGGCCACCUACCUCACGACGCCAGUCCUCGCUGCCGAGCAGUUGCUCCAGUCAAACUCCCUCAACACCUGCCAGGAUGAUUCCAGCUUCACAGCCAGUCUGUUCAACGUCGUCUUCACCCCCGGUAAUGGAAGUGCCGCCAUCAAUAUUGUCGCCGUCUCCUCUGUUCAGGGCAGCAUCGUCUUUGAUGUCUCCAUUUCGGCUUACGGUUACGAGUUCUUGAGGCGCACUGUUGAUCCCUGCAGCAUCAACCUCGCUGGUCUGUGCCCCAUGACUGCCGGAAAGAUCACCAUGAACUUCAACCUGCCUGUCGGCGAGGAUGCCGUUGGCCAGAUUCCCGGUAUUGCCUACAACAUUCCCGAUCUCGACGCUACUGUUCGUGUCUUCGUCAACUUGACCGAUACCUCCACCAGUGUGGCUUGCGUUGAGGCUGAUAUUUCCAACGGAAAGACGGUUGACUUGAUUGGUGUCAAGUGGGCUACCGCCAUCAUCGCCGGCUUGGGACUGAUCUCUUCCGCCGUUAUUUCUGGUCUCGGCCACACCAACACCGCCGCCCACGUUGCUGCCAACACGCUAUCGCUUUUCGGCUACUUCCAGUCUCAGGCUAUCGUUGGUCUCACUGGUGUUCACCUGCCUCCCAUUGUCCAGUCAUGGACUCAGGACUUCGUUUGGUCUAUGGGUAUCAUCCGCGUCCAGUUCAUGCAGGAUAUAUUCACCUGGUACCAGCGGGCAACUGGUGGAACUCCCUCGACUCUUCUCAACUCGCUGACGACCACUUCCGUCCAAGUCGAGAAACGUUCCAUGGAUUGGGCCCUCUCUGCUGCCCGAAUGGCCAAGCGUGGCAUCUCUUCCGUUCCCUCCAUCAUCGCUAAGAGAGCUAACAUUCAGCUUUCCUCUGGCAGCUACAUUGUCUUCGGAAUCCAGCGAGUUGCCUUCAGAGCCAAGAUUGAGUCGACCAACCUCUUCAUGACUGGUCUGUCCUUCUUCUGUGUCUUCGUCAUCUUCACCGUGCUUGGCGUCGCCGCCUUCAAGGGAUUCUGCGAGCUGGCUGUCCGACAGAAGUGGAUGAAGAGCGAGAAGUUCCUCGAGUUCCGCAACGGCUGGUUCACCGUCCUGAAGGGAAUUCUUUUCCGCAUGACGUUGAUCGGCUUCCCCCAAAUGACGAUUCUCUGCCUCUGGGAGUUCACCCAGGCCGACUCCGCGGCCGAGGUUGUUCUCGCCGUCUUCUUCUUCUGCGGUAUGGCCCUCACCCUUGGAUGGGCUUCCUUCAAGGUUAUCAGAAUCGCGCGUCGCUCCGUGGCCAUGCACCGCAACCCGGCCUACAUCCUCUUCUCGGACCCGCAGGCCCUCAACAAGUGGGGUUUCCUCUACGUUCAGUUCCGCGCUUCGGCAUACUACUUUAUCGUCCCUACGCUCGGCUACACUGUUGUAAAGGGAAUGUUCGUCGCCUUCGCCCAACGUAACGGAACCAUUCAGGCCAUUGCCUUUGUCAUUAUUGAGGCUGCUGCGCUCAUCGCUGCCAGUGUUUUGCGCCCUUGGAUGGAUAAGAGCACCAACUCGUUCAACAUUGCCAUCUGCGUCAUGAACUUCCUCAACGCCGUUUUCUUGCUCAUCUUCUCGGACGUGUUCGGUGCCCCAGCUCUGGUAAACGGCAUCGUCGGUGUGGUUCUGUUCAUCGCCAACGCGGCCUUCGCUCUGAUUCUCCUGCUGCUUGUUAUUGUCAGCAGCACGUUGAUCUACUUCCGCAAGAACCCUGAUGCGCGCUACCAGUUCAUGGCCGAUGACCGAGCUUCGUUCAUGAAGUCCCAGACCCAGCUCAACACCACCACCGAGUUGGAUGCCCUCGCUGCGACUGCCCGAGGUGACAAGGCCCACUACAACAAGGGACUCGACCUCGAUGACGACAAUGACUCCAUCUCAUCUGAGUCCAUGCGCCGCCGGGCGGAUCCCUCUGGCGUUGCCCUGCCGCCGUCGACUGCCCAGUCAGCUGCGCCUUCUCAACACUCUAUGCAGCGCCCUGGAGGUCAACAACAUGGCCAGGGACCGCACUCGCCAGUGGACCCUUCAGUGCCUCUCUUCCCGGCAGACAACCGCAACCCCUAUGGACAAGGGCCGACUCGAACACCAAGCCCCUACAACGGCUCUGCAUCAACACUUGGUGCCAAUAAUCACAACCAGUACCGCAAUCAGAACAAUGCCAGCCCUGCGCAGUACCGCAACCAGAACAACGCUAGCCCUUGGCAGCGUGGUGCCGGAUAUGAGCACUAG